AUGCUUCCUGUCCUUCUGCUUCCUGGACUGAUCCUGGCUCUGUUCAUCCCUGGCACUACAUCUGCGUCAGCCACACUCAAAUUCCUGGAGGAGACAGUGAAGGUGGUCAACGAGAGUUCAGACAGCGUGAUCAGACUGACUGUAGGGAAGGAAGGUGACCCAAUAAAUGUAACAGCAUUGGUUCGGCUGGAGGGAGAAGAUACAGGGGAUUUUAUAGACCCAGUGCGUCCAGUCAUUCUGACGGCCAAUGAAUCCAGUAAAAUCAUUUUUAUUUCGGUGAAGGACGAUAACCUCCCAGAAGCAGAUGAGACUUUUACAUUCACACUUGAAAUUCAGGACUCUUCUAAUGGCGUUACAGUUGGACAACCCAAUAAAGCCUCAAUCACCAUUCUUUCCAACGACAAUGCCUUUGGAAUUAUAUCCUUCAAUUCUACAGCGGAGUUAGUAGUCACUGAACCCAGAGGGAGAAACCUCAGUGUGCCUUUGACACUAGUACGACAAAAGGGAACGUAUGGCACUGUGACUGUUUCAUUUGAAGUGGUCACAGUCAACACUAUCCGAGCCAGUGAUGACCUAAGCCCAGACCGGGGAAACAUUACUAUUCUCGUGGGACAAUCCUCUGCACAGUUCAGCAUUGUUAUUAAAGAUGAUCAGGACCCUGAAGAUGAUGAGGUGUUUUUGGUCAAGCUCACCGAAGUCGCAGGGGGUGCUCUCCUGGGGAAUGCCAGCAGUGUCCAGUUGAGGAUUUUGCGUAAUGACAGUCCACUGCGUUUCUCACUCACAUUUCUGACUGUCCCAGAGUCUGCUGGAGUGAUUGCCCUCAACAUCACACGUGGGCAAAUGAAUGAGGAGGACCCCCUAGUCGGAUCCUUUGACACACAAAUUUCUAUUGAUUACAUGGUGGUACAAGCUGGUGCCACACUUGGGCUUGACUUCGUUGACCUGCAGCCUACAAGAACCGUGACAUUUGCACCGUUUGUCAACAAAACUAGUCUCCUCUUCAAUAUUAGUGAUGACGAAGAUCCAGAAAUUGCAGAAUCUUUCCAAGUAAAAUUGUUGAAAGAUACUAUCAGAGGAGAUGCAGUUUUAGUGUUACCCUCUGAGGUGCAUGUCACUAUUGAGCCGAACGACAAAGCUUUUGGGGUCUUGUCACUCAGCAGUAGUGUCGUCAUACAACCAGUUAUUAUAGAUGAAGAUCUCACAUCAAGAUUUGAAGGGAUUGUCAUUGUGAGAAACGGGGGCAGCUUUGGGAAUGUGUCAGUCAACUGGACUAUAAGCAGAAACUCCAGCUCCAGCGUUCCUGUGUCUGAGGAUUUGCGACCUGAUAUGGGAACUGUAACAUUUGCUGCUGGACAAGUUACAGCUGUGAUUCCCUUAAACAUUGUGGACGAUGUUGUACCUGAAGAGGCAGAGGCAUUUGUGUUCAAGUUACUGCCAGAUUCUGUCACUGGGAAUGCAGAAGUGGAUGAGCCGAUGAAGAUGGUGUUUUACAUCCAGGACAGUGACGACGUCUAUGGGUUUUUCCAAUUUGAUUCAAAGAAAGAACAGACGAUCCAGAGCCAGCCUGAGGGGCGAUACUUGUCUCUAAACUUGUUGCGCGGUGGUGGUACUUUGGGUGCUGUCACCGUGUCUAUCACAGCUCUCUAUAUUCCUGCUGGUCCAAUAGACCCAGCUCGAGCUAAAGACCAGAUCUUGAAUGUCAGCAGGACAGUUAAUAUUGUUUUCUCGAGUGAGCGGGAGAUCCAUGUGAUGUUGCCAAUCAGAAAUGAUGCUUUUCUGCAAAAUGGAGCUCACUUUUUUAUAAAGCUGGAUUCGUUAGAGCUGGUGGACAUCAAACCUUCUAUCCAGUCUAGAAGCCCGCGAUUUGCGGGACCGCUUAAUGUGACUCUGACCAUUACAUCUGACAUUGCCAAUGGAGAAAUCGGCUUUAUAACUAACAACACAGUGGAGGUGUUUGAACCAGAGCAUAGUAACAGUACCGUGGUGAGCCUUCCUCUACACCGUGAUGGGACUGAUGGUAAAGCUGAGGUGUUUUGGAGUCUUCAUCCCAUCGGCCCUAAUUCUAAAGACGUCACUGCCAAUGACCUAAGACCAUUCAACGGGACAGUGAUUUUCCUUUCUGGACAGAGUAACGCUUCAAUCAACUUCACUGUUUUUGCCGAUGAUAUCCCUGAAGUGAAUGAGACAUUGCUGAUCACUCUUGACAGGACGAAUGUUGAGAAUCAGAUCCUCAAAUCUGGAUUUACAAGUAGAGAAAUUGUCAUUAUUGAGAAUGACGUCCCUGGAGGUGUGUUUGAGUUUGCUGAAUCUUCUAAAGGUCCAUUUAUUAUUGAAGAGGGUGGUAGUUUGGAUCUUCGUUUAGUCCGAACCCAGGGGCUGCUGCUGAAAAUAUUUUUGGAUUAUUCUGUUGUCUCACUGCAACAAUCAGACAGUGCGUCUGUGAUAACAUCAGAGUUUGCAGGCUCUGUUGGUCCUGUGUUUUUUAAUCCAGGGGAGAAAGAGCUCUCUAUUGGACUGAUAGCAAAUAAAGAUGGUAUCCCAGAGCUUGAUGAGAUGUUUUCAGUCGUACUUAUUAGCCCCAAUACUUCACUCAGCCGUCUAGGCAACCGCACACAGGUCAACAUCACAGUGCGCAGGAACGAUGACCCUUUUGGGAUCAUUGAGUUUGUCAGCCCUAAUAUAACACUGGCCAUCAAUGAGAGCAAAGGCAGCGAUAUUCAGAGUGUGGUUUACCCUGUUACUAGAAGAAAGGGUACUUUUGGAGAGGUUUCUGUGUCUUGGUCAAUUGAACCAGCGUCAUCACAAGACGUCAGUCCAACGGAGGGCGUCAUAACAUUCAUGGAAGGAGAGUAUCUAAAAAACCUCUCACUCUCCUCUGUGCCUGAUGAGAUACCAGAAGACUUGGAGAGUUUCACUAUUGACCUUUUUAAUGCAACAGAUGGAGCAAAGCUUGGGCAGUUCCACAGAGCCAACCUCAUGAUUAAUAAGAAUGAUGACCCUAUUUAUUUCUCUGAGCCAGUGGUCGUACUAGUUGAAGAAGGAGGCAUGGCUAACUUCACAGUUUUCAGGGCCGGGCCGGCAGACUAUGUGUCCACCGUCAUGCUGCGUGUGGACUAUGGUGAUGCUUCUCCUGAGGACUUUACACUGAUGAGAAAUGACACAGUGCUGGUGUUUGAAAUUGGUGAACGGGAAAAGAACAUUUCAGUGGCAGUUGAAGAGGACGAUAUACCAGAGGACAAUGAACGCUUUUACAUUGUCCUGCAUAAUGCUACAGGUGAUGCAGUUGUGUAUGGAGACGACACAGCCACUGUUGUAAUCGUAGCCAAUGAUGAUGCCAAUGGGAUUUUCUCCCUGGAUUCUCUUUCAAAACCUGUUGAGGAGGGUGGGACAAAUAGCUUCUAUGUUCUACGCUCCAGGGGCAUCUUUGGUAAUGUUACAAUCUUCUGGCAGUUGUAUACCAAUGACUCUGUAACGCCGCUUGAGGAAAGUCAGGAGUUUACAAACACCUCUGGUACAAUUACUUUCACCUCACACGAAAAGAGCAAACCUAUCAUCUUGGAAGCCAUCUCAGACAUGCUCCCAGAAAUGGAUGAGUUUUACAUUCUCAAGCUUGUCAAUAUUUCUGGAGGUGAUGCAAAAUUAGCCAGCACUUCAUUAAAUGCAUCAGUUUUUAUUCCCCUCAAUGACGACCCAUUUGGCGUCUUUGCGAUUGCCAAUGACAAUCUGGACCAGGAAGUAGCAGAAGAUGUGCUUUCAGAGGAUGAUAUGGCCGAUGUCACCUCAUUUACCAUCUUACGGCAACAGGGCACAUUUGGGGAUGUGCGUGUUGCCUGGGAGAUUGUUUCUGGACACUUUCCAGAAGGCCUCCCUCAGAUGGAUGAUCUGCUCCUUCAAGCCUCUUUCCCCGAUGCUGUCGAGCUGAGGCCGUUUGACCGAAGACAUCACUCGGGUACAGACGCAUGGUCUUUCUCCGGACAUCCUGGAGCUUAUGGAGUCAUCUCUCCUGAAGACAGCCCUGCCCCCCUAAGCAACUUCACCUUCUCUGCUUGGCUGAUGCCUAAAACAAACACAGAUGGCUUCAUAUUGUCUAAAGGAAUCGUGAAUGGCACACUCUAUUAUGGAGUUAAAGUUCAGACUAAUGAGUCUCAUGUAACUGUCAUGCUGUACUACACAGCGAUUGGGUCAAACAAAACUCAAGUGGCUCAGGCCUCGACUGAGAAGUUUUUAGAGGAUAAGAUGUGGAUUCAUGUGGUCAUUAUUGUAGAUGAUGGCAUUAUUGAGUUUCUUCUGGAUGGAAGUUCUAUACCUGGGGGAUUAAAGAGCAUCAAAGGAGAGGGCAUUGUGGAUGGGCCAUCCUCCAUGUUCAUUGGCUCAGAUCCUAAUGGACAGCAGCGUUACACUGGUGUUCUGCAAGAUGUCCGUCUGUACCGAUCUAAACUGAACCGCAGUUACAUCCAUGAGCUCCACAACCAGCCCGCUAAAGCUGACCUGAGGAUGAUCUCAGGUUACCUGCGCUACCGCCAGGAGGAGAGUCAGAAGUCAUUUGUGGUAGAGGUUCGAGAUGACAAUGAGGAGGAGGGUGAGGAGGUCUUCUAUCUGCAGCUCAUAGCUGUGCACGGAGGAGCUCGCCUGCCUCACCCCAAACCCACGGCCAUUCUUAGAGUAAUGAAAAGUGACUUUGCAAAUGGGCUCUUUGGAUUCACCGGUGCCUGUAUACCUAAUGUCACAGAGGAGGGGUCUACUAUAUCUUGUGUAAUUGAGCGUAUGCGUGGAUCUCUGGACUUUGUUUACAUAAACUACACUGUCACCCAGCUGGAGAGCAUAGACAACAGUACUCCAGCUCAUCAGGACUUUGUUAAUGCAACUGGUGCUGCGCUUUUUGCUCCUGGACAGCGCUCUGAGGUGCUGAACCUGCUGGUGUUUGAUGACAACCUCCCAGAGCUGACUGAGUAUUUUAAAAUUACCCUGGUAUCUGCUGAGUCAGGUGAUGGGAAGCCAGGUUCUACCCCAACCAGUGGUGCAAGCAUUGACCCGUAUAAUUCUGUGAACACUGUCACUGUGGCAGCCAAUGACUAUCCCUAUGGCUUGUUGCAGUUUGAGCCAACUAUACCUGAAAACGGUUUGAUCCCUCCAGCAACACAACCAGCUCACAUUACUGUGAACGAGGAAGAUGGAGUGGUCCAUUUGCCAGUGGCCAGAGCUCAGGGCCUUUUGGGCAGGGUCAUGGUCAGCUAUAGGACUGUUCCCUUUACAGCCUCCAGUCCUGAAGACUAUGAGGAUUCUGUCGGUCUACUGGACUUUCUUCCAGGCGAAAGAUUGAAGUUUGUUAACAUCACUAUUGUAGACAAUAUUGCACCUGAGCUUGAGAAAAUUUUCAGAGUGGAGCUUUUUAAUGCAAAUGGAGGUGGGUACCAAUUGGAUCAGUGGCUUAGUGAAGAGAGUGGUAGUGGAGAGAAUGACUUUGACUUUCUUCUUCCAUCACAUCUCCAACACAGUAAUCUGGGUGUAGCCUCUCGCCUCACUGUCACCAUCGCAGCCUCGGACAAUGCUCAUGGGGUUUUUGAUUUUAACCCCAAUUCUCUCUAUGUAACUGGAACAGAACCUGAGGAUGGACAAAGUGCUGUUUUUCUUCAGGUGGAUCGCUCAUUUGGGGACCUCUCUAAUGUCACUGUCUACUGGGAGGUUGACCCCAGUUCUGAAGGAGAGAUUGUCAGCCGAAUUGGAAAUCUUACUUUUAACGUUGGACAGACAUCAGAGAACAUCACAAUCCAUGUAGCUCAGGACGAGGUUCCCGAAUUGGACAGAAGCUUCACUGUUUCACUGGUCAAAGUUUCCGAUGGUCGGCUGGGUUUUCAGACAGCUGCCACUUUAACUAUACUGGCCAGUGAUGAUCCAUAUGGCGUUUUUGUGUUUGCCAAUGCCACUAAGCCCAUCUGGAUCCCUGAAGCUGACUCAAAUGUGACCUUUACAAUCCUCAGACAAAAAGGCUUAAUGGGAGAGGUGAAGGUAACAUUUGCAACAUUGACUGAAGCUGAACCAGCCCCUUACACAACCCAGAGAGUUGGACGCGCCACUGAAGGCCUAGACUUUGUUUCCCUUUUUAAUUCAGUUGUGUUUCUGGCCAAUCAGACUGAAGCAAAUAUCACACUACAUAUACUUGAUGAUGAUCUCCCAGAAAGAAAUGAGUCAGUGUUUGUGAAAUUAAUCAGUGUUCAGCUCAUCAAAGGUGAACAAGACAGGCCUGUUUCAAAUUCUCCUUCUCUGGGACCUAUACCAAGCAUUGUGGCCCAGGUCAUAAUUGAAACCAGUGAUGACAGUUCUGCAGUGCUGGAGUUGUCUUCCUCCACAGUCACUGUCCCUGAAGAGUUCAACGGACCAUUUCUGAAAGUGACUAGAACUGGAGGGAUUUUUGCAAGUGUAUCUGUGAAGUUUGAUGUAAUGGAUGGCACCGCUAACAUCAAAAAUGACUAUAUAGUGGCCUCAACUGAUGUUCUUCUACUUGAAGGAGAAACUAGUAAAUAUAUCCCCAUCUUUGUCCUUGAUGAUAACGAGCCUGAGAUAGAGGAGACCUUUCGUGUGGUACUCAAUAAUGUGACCACUGGAGGCGCUGUUCUUGGUCCACUCACUCGGGCAACUAUCACCAUAAUGCCUUCUGAUGAUCCUUUUGGUGUCUUUGUUUUCCGGGCUGAUCCAGUCACAAUAGAAGAACCAGUUUCAAACUCAACUGAAGUUACGCUGCCUAUAGUCCGUAAUGCUGGGAUCACUGGUACUGUUGUAAUCCAAUGGCAGGCAACAGUAAAUGGACAAGUAGCAACUGGAGACAUCAGACCCACUUCAGGAGUUGUGAGCUUUGCACCGGGAGACACUUUAAAGUUACUAAAAGUGGAGGUUUUACCUGAUGACAUACCUGAAAUAGAUGAGAUUAUAAAAGUGGAGCUUACCAGUGCUAGUAAUGGAGGGAGGAUUGGUGCCAACAAGUCUAUGGAUAUUGUAGUCCCUGCCAAUAAUAAUCCUUACGGGACAGUCUUUUUUGAUCAGUCUGUUUACCUUGUUCAGGAGCCUUUGGAGGGCAUUUUUAGAGCCAACAUUGCUGUACGCAGAAGUGGUGGACAUUUUGGCCGUUUGGAAAUAACUUACAGCACUUUUGAGACUGACUUGGUUGGCUCUGCUCUAGAUUAUGGCCAAGACCUUCUGGUGUAUUAUGAAACACUCAAAUCAGGAGUUGUAUCUGGCAUCACUCAAAGGACAGUGAAUGUGACAGGCCAGAAAGACCCAGUUAGUGCCUGUGCAGCUGCGUGCCUGAGGGAGCGCACCUGCCAAGCCUUCUCCAUAUUGCCUGUCGCUGCAUCCCCAUCAUGUAUUUGGGUGACUUCGGCUGCUGAAAACCUAAUACCAAAUCCCCAGUUUCUGACAUAUGUGAAAAAUGCCACUGCUGUUGCUGUACUGUUCAGUGGCAAGGCAGAGGCAAACGCUGACUACACCCCUGUGACCAAUCAAAGUGCUUUUAUGGAGGACGGGGCAGAGUUGACCAACCUCACUGUGCCAAUACUGACUGAUAAGGCUGCUGAAAUGGAUGAGAGAUUUUCUAUUCAAUUAUUAAAGGUUCAGUUGGUGAAUUUGACUGUGGCUCAAAAAAACCUGCCUACCAUUGGUCAGCCAGACAAAGCUGAAGUGAUUAUUGGAAUGAACGGAGAUGCUUUUGGUGUGUUUGUGAUAUACACCAUUAGUCCCGGUGCCACUGAUGAGGGGCGCUUUCUGGAGGUGACGGAGGAGUCUAUGGCAGAGGUGCCAUUGGUGAUUGAACGGCGUGGAGGAAACGUGGGAACUGUCAGUGUGGAGUGGAGAAUAGUCGCAGGUAAAGCCACACCAGAGGAAGAUUUCAUUGGCACUGGAGGCACUCUCGUCUUUGAUGGGGAUUUGAAGAAGACAGUAGUUAUCCAAAUCAAGGAUGAUGGUAAACCAGAAGACAGUGAAGACAUCACAAUCGGUCUUGUAAAUGCAAAAGGAGGAAGUCGUAUAAUGCCCAGCUCUGACUCUGUAACUAUUGUAAUACUUGCCAAUGAUAAUGCAGCCGGGGUAAUCGGUUUUCACCCAGGUUCACGUUCUGUUGUUGCAAGAGAGGGCCAGACUCUGUCCUUGCUGGUUGAGAGGACAGCUCCAGGUUUUGGAAAUGUCACAGUCACUUGGACUAUAACAGGACCUAGAGUGGGACUAACAUUCACCCAAACAUCAGGAACACUUUUUUUUGCAAAGGGACAGCUGAACACCACAAUAGUUUUGGACCUUCUUGAUGAUGCAGCUCCAGAGAACAAAGAUGAAUACCGAGUGUUAUUGUCUGACAUUCAAACCUAUGGAGUUGGGGUGACAGGCCAUGCUGCUUUGGAUGUUGAGGGCAGAGAGUCUUUAAUUACUGUGGACACUAGUGACGAACCGUUUGGCAUGUUGACCAUCGCUCCAUCGUCCCUUAUGGUGACCACAGAAGAACUUGACAAGAUUAUAAACAUCUAUAUCAACAGAGAAUUUGGUGCAUCAGGAGCUGUGAAUAUUUCAUAUGAAGUCAUUAGAGGAUCACUCCAGAACCUGUCACAAGUGGAGGGUAACCUUGCCGACCCUGGAGAAGAUUUUAUUGCUGAAAGUGGAUUUGUCAUUCUUCAAGAUGGGGAGACUUCUGUUGCCAUUCCCGUCACUAUACUAGAUGACAAUAUUCCGGAAAUAAGAGAGUUUUUCUUGGUUAAUGUGACAUCCGCAGUGCUGAUUACAACUCUUGCUACAGAUCCCCAAAUUGAUGCUGCUGGCUUGGUGGCAGAGAUCAUCAUUACUGCUAAUGAUGGUAUUAGAGGUGUCAUUGAAUGGACAAAUACAAUGUAUGAAGUCAAUGAAACAAUAGGGUCCUUGACUUUAGUCGCCUACAGGAACAAAGGAACCUACGGCAACGUGUCACUCAUCAUUACAGCUCAGAAUUUAGAGGCUCAGCUGGGAUUGGACUACAACAUCAGUGAAACUACUCUGCACUUUGUUGAUGGUGAAAGACUGAAAUUUGUUGAAGUACAGAUUAUAGAUGAUCUUAUUCCAGAGAGAGCAGAACGAUUUCAGUUGAUUCUGUCUCAACCUUCCCAAGAAAUUGUCUUGGGCACUAAUACAACAGCCACUGUGAAUAUCCAGGCUAGUGAUGAUGGAAACGGAGUUAUUUCAUUCAACACCAGUGAGCCCUUUCUUUUAAAAGAGCCAACUGCAGCGUCCGGACUGGGGGAGAGUAUGGCCAUUAUGUAUAUAGUGCGUAACCCAGAGAAAGGCAUAUAUGGCACCGUCACUGUGCAGUUCACCAUCACUGAUGCAAACGGCAGCCUAGCGGACAGUGACCUGAACCCAGCACAGGGAGUUGUGGUGUUUGAUGAAGGAGUGAGGUUUAAGACACUUGAAAUUCGGGCAGUUUUGGAUGCAGAGCCAGAAGCAAAUGAAACCUUUAUCAUGGUUUUGUCAAGUCCAACAGGAGGGGCCAGACUUGGAGAUCAACUUGAAAUUUCCAUCACCAUUUUAGAGAACAUUGCACCAUCUGGUUUAUUUAGAAUUGGACCUACUCUAAACAGAACAAGAACUGAAGUAGUGGCCGAGGAAGGCAGAACAGUAUUUCUCACUGUGUCUCGCAGUAACGGCCUUGAGUCGUCUGUCAGUGUGGAAUGGGAGGCUAAGUCUGCCACUGCUAUUGCGUCUGGUGGCCCCUUCCCAAGAAUUGGCGUGUAUCAGAGUUUUGAAGACAGCUCGACUGCAGCUUGGUGCUCAGUCCCAAGUGGCCUCUCUCCUUCUCUUAUUAUGAGACUCGAUAAAAGGCCAGCCAUUGGAUCAUCACACACACUGGGCACGCUCCACCAGUGGCAAGGUGUUUUUGUGCCAAUUAUGUCUGUUAAGAUUCAGAAUCCAAACUCCUGUGUUGGUUUUGCACACAACGGCACCAGCUUCAUUGGGAUCUCACACAGCGGUCCACCUUUCAGUCCUGCUGCCAAUUUGAGCAUCUUUAAAUUACACCAAGACCUCAACAUUACAUUAGAACAAACCGUUGGUAUUGAAGCAUCUGAUGUUAAGCACUUUUCCAUUGACGGCAGAAAUUAUUUGAUAGCAUCCAGUCAGAUUUUUAUUUGGACUGGAGGCUCUUUAGCUCUUUCACAGACACUUGACUUUGAACAGGACAUUGUCAGUGUAACUACAUUUACAGAAGCAGGUGAAGCACACCUCUUUGUGUGCAUCAACCGUGUGACUGACAGCUGCCUCAUCCUUAAAUGGGCCAAUGGCAGGUUUCAGGAUCCACAGCCUCUCCCACUGACAGACAGAGGAACCCAGGUGGAGCAGGUCCACACAAGGACAAAUGAUACUCUUCUUCUAGUUGUAAUAGCAGGUCCUACUCCAUCCUGUGAGGUGUUCAAACCUGGGCAGAGAGUAACACUCAUUCAGUCCAUUCCCCAUCCUGUCAUCACCUCCAUACAUGCCUUCAGUGAUGCUUCAGGAGCAGCUUACAUACUCCUAACUGGAAGAAAUAGUUCAUCCCUUUAUACCUGGAGAUCGGAUGUUAGUCUGUUCACUAUGAUCCUGAGGGUCCCUCCAGCCAAUAGCUAUCUUUCUCUUGUGAUGCCCUCCUUAAACAGCUCCAAGACUCUCAUAAUGUCUGCUGAGGACAAUAGCUCAACUAUUUACGAACUGACUUAUGUCUCCAGCCAAUCUGACUUUCUCCCCAGUUUUGGUGAGUUGCUCUUUGCACCAGGUGUCAGUGAACUUGAGAUAGCUGUGAACGUUAUUGAUGAUGACAUCCCAGAAGUGGAGGAGUACUUUUAUGUCACUCUGAAAAAUCCAAAGGGUGGAGCUGAAAUUGGAUUUGGUGGUCAGGUGACUGUUUUCAUCCCAACUAAUGAUGAUGCCUAUGGAGUCAUUGGCUUCUCUCCUGACUUCCUGUCUAUUGAAGUUGAAGAAAUGAUGCAAGAUUAUCAAAUAAACCUUAUAGUGGAGAGGAAAAGAGGCACUUUUGGCAAACUGACAGUUCACUGGGCUGCUAAAGGCAAUGUGUCAGACAUCAAACCUGAAUUGGGAGUGAUAACAUUUGCCCAGGACCAGUCAGAAGCCAAAAUCUCAUUGACUGUAAUAGCAGACGGUAUCCCAGAACUUACUGAGACCGUCAUUAUAACUCUAACUGAUGUAACAAUGGAGGUGCAGGACUUGAAGAAUGCUGCAGUCAUCAACAAGCAACUGGCUCAGGCUGUAAUUACCAUCAAACCAAAUGGCUCUCCAUAUGGGGUCAUUGGGUGGCAUCUGGACUCCCAGUUCACACAAACAAAUGAGUCACAGAGAGGUGCAGUCAAUGUUACUCUGUCCCUUGUCCGGGAGCAGGGUUCAAUAGGUGAUGUUGCUGUUCACUAUCAAACCAGGUCAGCCUUGCAUUUACCUCCCUCCAAUCAAGCUACUGCGGGACAGGACUACAUCGCCCGAACCAACACUGUUAUAAUGCCUGAGAGUGCAACUGUCGCUAUUGUUACAAUUACUAUUUUACCUGAUAACAUCCCAGAACUUGAUGAAAGUUUUUUGGUAAAUGUUACAAGUGUGGAGCUUGUUAGAGGAGCAGUGGGUCCAGGUCAACCCAGUGUGAAAAGGCCUGGUCUGGAAAUAGCACAAAUUGUCAUCCUGGAGAAUGACGACCCCAGAGGAGUAGUGCAGUUAAAUGUGACAGAGGAUUUCCCAGGUGGAAAGUUUGCGUAUGAGUUGCCACCACCCGAUAACACAGUCAACCUCUCAAUUAUUAGACUUGCCGGCACAGUUGGAAGACUGGUUACAUACUGGGAAGCAGAGCCAAUCACUGCUGACGUCAAUGAUUUCAGUCCCAAUUCUGGCAGUAUCACUUUUCUAGAUGGCCAGAGUAAAGCUGACAUUGCCAUCACUAUUCUGGAUGAUGACCAAGUGGAGGCCUCUGAGACUUUUAGAGUGACUUUGCUUCAUGUCAUUGGCGGUGCACGACUUGGAGAGUUCACAUCUAUAGUUAUAACAAUACCACCCAAUGACUCACAAUUUGGACGCUUUGGAUUUAGUGCAUUAAAGGCUGUGGUCAGUGAGCCAGAGUUUGUAGAUGAUCCAGCUGCUGUGGCCACCCUGGUGGUGUUGCGCUCUUCUGAUGGUCUCGGGGCAGUGACCCUGAGGUGGCAGCUAGAACAAAGCGCAAUUGAGGAUCUUGCUCCUCUAAAUGGGACCAUUGUUUUUACUGAGAAUGAGAAUAAGAUGACAUUCGUAAUUCGAGCCCUUGCUGACAGCAUACCAGAAGGAGAUGAGCACUUUAGCAUACAGCUGUUUCCUGUGGUGAAUGAUGUCGUCAUUGACCCAUUAAAAGGCAUAGCUACAAUCACCAUAAAAGCAGACAAAGCAGCUCUAGGAAUUGUUGGAGUAGCUGAAUCCUCCAGGAACAUCCUUAUUGGAGAGCCCAAAGGACUGUACAAUGGGAGCGCUGCAGUCAGUCUUGUGCGAGGUUCACCUGCAUAUGGAGAUGCUCAGGUGUACUGGAACAUCACACCAGCUACACCCUCUGAGUUUGAAAGAAUCUCUGGAACUGUGACGUUUAGAGAUGGACAGUCUGUUGCCACCAUUUAUUUAAAGACUCUGGAUGAUGAUAUUCCUGAAGAACGUCAACAGUAUCUACUUUCACUAACAUCAAUAACACCAGGGCUGGAGAUAAGUCCAGAAGCGAGGCAGGCCAGCAUUACAAUGGCAGCUAGUGAUAACCCCUUUGGCAUAUUUGCAUUCAUUCAACAUCAGGUUACAGCUUCUGAAGAGGAGGGAAUGGUCAAUGUGACAGUUACACGAUCUUUAGGAGCUCUAGGCAGUGUGUGGUUGAGCUAUGAGACCUCAGGAAGCACAGCUGUCAGUGGAGUGGACUUUAUUACAACUUCAGAACGACUUCUGUUCAACCCAGGCCAAAUUUCACAGCAAAUUACCAUUUAUAUCAAUGAUGACAACCAACCUGAGGGCCCUGAAAUGUUCCUGCUUAAUAUCACUAAAGUAGAGCUUGUCAAUACAAGUGGCAUGGAUUACAGCAUAAGAGACUUUGGCCUUCGGCUUGACCAGCCUCCAGAGAUUGGCAACGUUUCUUCUCUUUCUGUCAUUAUACUAACAAAUGACAAUGCUAAUGGUGUCCUGGAGUUCAGUCCAGGCUAUAUCAACAUCACAGUUGAGGAGGAUGUUUGCUUUCUUUUGAUCCCAGUUUUGAGGAAUGUGGGCACAUAUGGGCUGGUAUCAGUACAGUACAUUUCAAUAGGUCUGAGUGCCUCUCCGAUGUUUGACUACAUCCUAUAUAAUGGCUUACUGACUUUUAUUCACGGACAAAAUAUGAGCUACAUAAAUCUCACUAUUAUAGAUGACCUGGACAGUGAACCUGCAGAAGUACUUGAAGUUUUGCUCACAAAUGCCUCAGGGGGCGCUGUUCUUGGGGUGCAACACAUUGCAAGUGUCACUAUUGCCAAGAGUGACUCUCCAAAUGGUGUGGUGCGCUUUGUCAACGAGAGCGUGAUCACAUUGGUCAACCCUAACUCCACAAUGAGAAUAAACCUUGUUCUGGAGAGAGCUAGAGGCCUAGUUGGAAAUGCUACAGUUGCUUGGAUUAUUCGGGGUCCAAACAGCAAUGAACUCCUUCCUCCAGCAAAUACAGAUAUUAGAGAACCUGUAAAUGGGAGUUACUUUUUUAGAGAUGGUGAGGAAAGUACAUACACAAUAGAGCUACGUAUUCUUCCACAUGGAGAAGUGGAAGUAGAAGAGACCUUUGUAGUAGAGCUCAUCAUUUUGUCUGGAGAAAUGGAUGUAGAUCCUCAAGCAGGAUCUAUACAGUUAAAGAUUGAGAAAUUUGGAGAUCCAAACGGUAUUGUUCAGUUCACUGAAGAUGCUUUAAAAGAACGUGUUUACAAUGAAUCCACAGAAGAAGAAGGGCCUGUCAAUAUCACCCUGACGGUUACACGGAGAGAGGGGGUCAUGGGCAACAUUACAAUCCACUGGCAGAUUAAUAGUGACUCCGACACAACAGGCGACUUCUUGGCUCUAAAGGGCUCAGUGAUCAUUGUCGAAGGCCAAAGAGACACAGAAAUCAUCCUAAGCCUGAUGCCUGAUACAGUGCCUGAACUGGAGGAACUUUACAUUGUCCAGCUCACGACCGUGGAGGGAGGUGCUACACUGGAUGCUAACCCAUAUUUUACCAACACCCGCAUAAGGGUACAGGCAAAUGAUGAUCCGCAUGGAGUUUUUACCUUAAAUCCGGAGCAUCAGUCUAUUGAGAUAAUUGGCUUGGGUACAGAGACCAGAAGAGCUUUGAUUUUGAACGUGACACGUUUAGCCGGGCUCUUUGGCAAUGCCACUGUGGGCUACAGGAUCAGAGGAGGGAUAGACAUGAUUGACAUUGAACAGAUCCUACAAGGACAAGCACAGGGGAGAGUGGUGUUCAGAGAGGGAGAGGAGUUUGCUACUGUAACUGUUCCAAUUAGCAGCGAGGUGUUUUUGCUCUUGGGAGAUAGUUUUACUGCGGAAUUAACUGAUGUUAGACUUGUAAGCUCUACAGUUGGUCCUCCUCCCACUCUUCAUUAUGCUGAUAAUGUUGCUAUGGUUUCUAUACCUGAGAAAGCUGCCAAUUCUGAAGUCGGCUUUGCUUCCAUUGCUCUUGGCGUCUCAAAUAUAGACACGGGGGCAUGUGAAGCAACAAUAAUUAGAACAGGACUGUUUGGGAACAUCACAGUUGAGUGGAAGUCUGGGUACCCCUCAGGACUAGCCCCUCCUGGGUUCAAAAUGGGACAAAUAACUCCCAGCUCAGGCGUACUGACCUUUGUCCACGGAGAAAAGGCCAAGACCAUAUCUUUGACAGCCACAGCUGAUACUGUGGAACCUGCUGUGCAUGCUAUUCAUAUCACCAAUACUACCUCCAGUAAUGUAAAGCUCAGGUCAGGAUUCAUUGUGGCAGAAAUAGAACCUUUGGGGAUUUAUCAGUUCACUUCAGAUUCCCGUCAGAUUGUUAUUUCCGAGGAUAUCCAGACCAUCACCCUCUAUGUCCAGCGACUUUAUGGCUCACGCAGCAACAGGACACACUUGUACUAUCAAACUCAAGAGGGCAGCGCAACAGCAGGGGAAGACUUCACAGCAGUGUCAGAUGGUCGUGUGCUCUUUGAAUCCUCUCGCCAAACCAAUGCCUCCUUCCAGCUUUCUAUAUUGGACGACUCCUUGUCAGAAUCAGACGAGUACUUUAACGUCAACCUUACUGACAUCAACAUGCCUUUUGUGGAUUCAGUUUGGGCGGACACACCUCCUCGCCUCAAUCCUAAGAACAGUUUGGCCAUGAUCACUAUUCUGGCCAGUGAUGUGACUGGAGGAGUGCUCAGUAUUGGGCCAGAGCUGGUGCAAGUGAAGGAGGACAGAGAUAAUGAGACUCAGCAGGAGCGCAAGGUGCUCCUUAGGGUGCGCAGGUCAGACAACACCUCCGGGUCUGUCAGUGUCCGACUGCACGCAUAUGGAGGUGUGUAUUGCUUUGGAUGUACAGCAUCACAGUUACCCUUUGCUCUGGAACCUGUCGGGACACUUGCUAAAGAGGGUGAGGAUUUCCACUUGCAGACCUUAGAAGUGUCGUUUCAAGAGGGUCAGAGUGAGUCAGAAGUGGUCGUCCUCAUUUUGGAUGACUCAGAGCCUGAGGGACCCGAGGAGUUCUUCAUUUACCUCAGUGACCCUGAAGGAGGUGCUCAGAUCACUGAUCGCCCAGUGCAAGGGUUCAAGGCUUUUGUCAAAAUCACCAUUCUUGGAAGCGACUUCCAUAAUGGUGUUAUAGGUUUUACACUUAACUCGUUAGAGGGCAAAGUCUUAGAUGAAGAUUCAGAAAACAGAACUACUCUGCUGUAUGUACAGAGACAAGAAAACAGAGCUUUUGAGGACUUGCAGGUUUUCUGGAGAGCUACUUUUACCAAAGAUUCUUUAAGCCUCAUCAGUAAUGGGGUUAACCUAACUUCAGAGCUAGUGCAGACUUCAGGGACAGUCUUUUGUAGGAAAGGAGAAGUAACUUGUGCGUUCACUGUUGAAGUUCGAGAUGACAAGGAGCCUGAGUUCCCAUCCUGGUUUUUAGUGGAGAUCUUUCAAGUGGGAGAGGGUGCUACAAUUAACGAGACAACUCGAUUUGCCAAUAUUACAAUAGCCGAGAGCGAUGAUCCACAAGGCAUUAUGUUCUUUGCUGUGGGCUAUAGACUUCCCGUUACCACUGUGUCCACAACUCAGCUAAGCCUUCAAGUCCACAGACAAGCAAGCACUUCUACAACCAUGACAGUUUAUUAUCGCACUGUGGAGCUCUCAAAAGCAGAAAUCGUUGGACAAUCACUGAUAUGGCCUGCAAAAGAAGGGGUGGACUUUCCAAAACAGGAGGGUUUUCUAAAAUUUGAUAUUGGUGAAUCAGCUGCAUUGUUGGAAAUUAUUUUAACUCCUCAGAAAGACCCAUUGUUGUCCACUCCUAAGCGUUUCCAAGUGGAGCUGUACAACGCCACAGAGGGUGUAAAAGUUCACCCUGUGUUUGGACGUGCUAAUGUCACUCUAGUCUCCAGUGAUGCAGCAGUGGCUGUGUGGCGCUUACUGGACCAGUUAUACCAACCUCUGAGUCCUAAUAUCCUGGAUUCUGUGCUUCAAGAACUUAGCAAUGAGGUUGCUACUCCUGUGACAGAUGAACAGAUGACUGCUGUGGUGGUAGCACUGGACAAGGUGCUUACAGAAGCAGAGAGUUUCCCUUUACAAGAAAGAAGCCAAAAUUUGACCUAUGACCUCUUGUGUGCCUUGGCCAACCCCAGCCGACCUGACACCAGAGGCCACAGUUACUUUGCUAAAGUGACAGAGCGAUUUGCAUUUUCUCUUCUACCACAAAACCAUUGCGGUACCAUCCUGAACACAUGCCCCUUCAUGUCCAUUUCUGCCUUCCAGUGGUAUCCAACUCAGAUCAAUGGGUACAAAUUUAGGGGAAGCAAUGCAGAUUUCUUCCAACUUCCUGACUCAUUACUCAUGGUGCCACCAGGGGUCAGUGUGGACUGUAGCUACCUCAAUCGGAUCCAGCUAAUUGAAUAUAUGACUGAACACUGGUUUCUCACCAAUAAUACACCUCUAGCAUUAACUGGAAAGGUCUUUUCUUCCAGUCUUCAAAAUAGAAUUUCAGGACCACUGGAUCCUGGUAUAGAAGUGAUCUAUCGUAUCCACACCGUUGGUCAGCAAGUUAAACCUGGCCAGUCCCUGUGCCUUCUCUGGAAUCAUACUACUGCAAGCUGGUUAUCAGAUAGCCAAUACUGCAGAGUUGUGAAAGAACAUGGGAACUAUGUGGAGUGUGCGUGUUCCCACUUCUCCAUCUACUCAGCCUACGCAGAGAUGGCCUCUCUAGCAUUCUACAAUGAGGCCUUCUAUGCAUCAGGGUUAUUUUGUAUAUCUGCCUUUGCCUUGGCAAUUAUAUCUCAAGCACUGUGCUCUCGUUUCCCCAUGUUUGCUGCCAAACUGCUCACACACAUGAUGGUGAGCUGCCUUGGAACCCAGUUGUGCUUCCUGGUGUCCACUUUCCGCGGGCGGGUCUUUUCAGAUGACAGCUGUUCUGCAUUGGCACUUUUCACUCAUUACUUUUAUCUGAGCCAAUUUUUUUGGAUGCUUAUUCAGGCGGUGAACUUCUGGCAAGUGCUGGUUAUGAAUGACGAGCACACAGAGCGCCGAUACCUGCUUUACUCCCUGCUGGGAUGGGGCCUUCCCUCUGUAGUUAUUAUAGUACUGGUUAUAGUAUUGCUGGGUGGCUUUGGCUGGACCAUACACACCACAUACGGACUGGUGCUAGAGGAUGUAUGCUUUAUCCCAAACAUCUAUGCGGCUCUAUGCACAGCUGUCCUGGUGCCUCUGAUCUGCCUUGUCACGGUGGUGGUCAUAUUCAUUCAUGCAUAUCAAGUCACAGACCAGUGGAAGUCCUACGACGACAUUUACAGGGGUCGCACCAAUAGCACAGAGGUGCCGCUGGUCCUGCUUCUGUUCCUGCUCAUCUCCAUGGUCUGGUUGUGGGCGGGGCUUCAUAUGGCCUACCGAUACAUGUGGAUGCUCAUCCUCUAUGUGAUUUCCAACUGCCUGCUGGGCCUGUAUGUUUUUGCUGUCUACUUUGUCAUGCACAACCAGCUCUGUUGGCCCACUAAAGCCAGUUACACAGUUGAGAUGAGUGGCCAUGACAGUCCCGACUCUGCCUACCCAGGAGGAGGGCCAGCGUCUAUAGGGGGUGACAUAAAUAAAUCAACGCAGAACCUCAUCAGCGCAAUGGAAGAGGUUGCAGCUGACUGGGAGCGUGCCUCUCUCCAUCCUGGCAGUGAGCCCAGUGUUGUGUUCAAAUCCAGUCCAGUGAUGGGAACAUAUGGGACAGACGGAGGCUUCAUCAACACAAACCUGGUGACAGGCGACGAGGAAUCCCAGGAGUUUGAUGACCUUAUCUUUGCCUUAAAGACUGGUAGUGGCCUCAAUGUAAGCGACAAUGAAUCAAUCCCAGGAAGUCACGAUGGUGGAAGUGUCUCCAACUCUCAAAUAGUUGAACUGAGACGGAUUCCCAUUGCAGACACACACCUGUAACCUGUUCACCUCACUGUGCUCCUCUAUGAGAGAAACUACUCCAGUAUUUUUGUACAUUACAUUUGUACUAAAACUUUGUAAAUGUUUUUCAAUAGGGCAUUUUUAUAGAUGUUUGAUAAUGUUUAAUGUAUAUUUGAACCUGAAUUAAUUUUCUAAAGUUUUGUAUGUAUAUUUAGUUGUUUUAU